UCUCGCACCUUCUCUCCCUUCUCUCUCCGUUCUUUCAUUAUUCCUUCCAUUCCCAUCUGGAAAACUCUCCUCCAUCUCUGUCAUUCAACCGCAGUCAUCCCACCCACACACCCAUUAAUGGUUGUAAGUUCGCUGGUUUUGUCCAUGCAAGGUGAUUUUAAUGGUGUGGUGGUUGAGGACUCGGAGGAUUCAUCCGGAUGGACCGAUUUCGUCCCUGACGGUGAGAUGUUGCCCGACUUCGUCCCUGAGGCAGAGAUCUUGCCCGGCUUCGUCCCUGAGGCUGAGAUCUUGACGGAUGUCAUCCUGGAUUCUGAGGUCGGGUUCGUCCCCAUUUCUGACAAUGGAGAAGGAUUGAAAUCACAAAAACGCUUGAGAUCUGAGCAAGAGGAGUCCGGGUCUUUGAUUGUUCCACCGAUGCAUUUGACCCGAAGAGGUAAAUCCUCCUAUGACGAUAUGGUAUCCAUCUACCUUCAGCCAGUGGAUACAACGAAUGUGGGGUAUGUUCCACCUGCUCGUGCUCACGCUGACCCGGACUGGAAAGUUCAAGAAAGAUUAGAAAAACUGGCUUCAAUGUUUCUGCCUACUCCCAAAAAAUCAAGCUAGUGCAGAUUUCACUCCUUUCAUCACCUUGCCAUCUGUGGACUUGGCCAGAAGUUCCUGCAUGAUAUGCUGCUUAGCUUCAUCGGAAAGUCUUUUUUUGGUUGUGUUCACAAUUUCAGAAACUUCCAUUUUCUUGUUAUUUUGUGAUAAUUUCUGAGUCUGAUUUCUGUGGGAUAUGGCUUGCUAUUUAUAGACAGAUUGUAUGUUACGAAGUAGCUUGUGUAUUUUUGGAGGGAAUGCUGAAAAGUCCCGCCAAAGUGAAACUUUUCAGAUUGUUUUUUG